AUGGAUUAACAAGAAUACGAUUUAUUAAUACUUUAUGCAUCCUAAACAGGAAAUGCGAAAUAUGUAUCAGAAGAACUUUAAAGAAAUUUGAAUAUAUUAGAUUAUAAAACAUAAUUAUAUUCAAUGGAUGAAUAUUAAAUCGAGAACCUUCCAGAAGAAAAAUACAUAAUAUUUAUAGUAUCAACUACAGGUUAGGGAGAACCUCCAUCAAGUAUGAUAGACUUUUGGAAAUUUUUAUUAAUAUAAGAUCUCCCUUCCGAUUCAUUAGAAAAUGUAAAGUUUACUCUUUUUGGAUUGGGGGAUAGCUAAUAUAUAUAAUAUAAUGCGAUGGCCAGAAAAUUAUAUCAACGAUUAUUAUAAUUAGGUGCUUAAGCAUUUUUAGAAAGGCAUUUAGGAGAUGAUUAACAUCCUUUCGGUUAUGAUUAUGAAUUGGAUAUAUUUACUUAAUAAUUAUAUGAAAAUUUAAAAUAUUAAAUAAACGAAAUUUUUUAAUAUAUAAAAGCCCCACCAUAGUCAUUAAAUAAUAAUCCAAUAAUUUCAAGAAUAAAGGACAUGAGAUUAUUAACAAAUCCUGAUUACUAACGCUAAACUUAUCGUAUUGAUUUCGAAAUAGAAUAAGAAAAAAAUUAAAUUAAAUACAAUCCAGGAGAUAUAUUAAUGAUUUAUCCGUUUAAUACAGAAGAAAAUGCUUUAAAACUGCUUUCUUUAUUGCAUAUAUAUCCUCAUUAAAUCAUUAAAAUAAAAAAAAAUUCGAAAAACAAAACAUUUUUAAAAAAUAUACCCUUUCCUCCUUAUUUAACUGUUUUUUAACUUUUUACUUAUUUCUUAGCUAUUCAACAUCCUCCAAGUCGUUAUUUUUUUAAAUUAAUGUCUCUUUGCACCGAAGAUGAAUUACAUAAAGAAAAACUUUAAGAACUUUAUGAAAGUAGUGAAGAAUAUUACAGUUAUGUAGCAAAGGAAAAAAGAAAUGUUUAUGAAAUCCUUUUCGAUUUUAAUACAGUUAAAAUGCCUUUGGAAUACAUUCUUGAAAGUGUUUAACUUUAAAAGUUUAGAGAAUUUUCCAUUUCUUCUACUUAAUUAACUAAUUAAAAUUCUGUAGGUAUUACUAUUGGAAUUGUGUAGUAUUAAACUCCUUUUAAAAGGCAAAUUUAAGGCACUUGUAGUAUUUUCCUUUAAUAAAAUCCUUAGUAAGUAGUCCUUUUUUUAAAAAAAGUACACUUUUAUUUCCUAUUAAUGAUAUUUCAGUUCCUGUUAUUAUGGUAGGACCUGGAACUGGUAUUGCACCUUUUAUUGGAUUUGUUGAACAUAGAGAUAAAUAAAUUGAAUAAAAUUAAAUUGAAAGAAAAGAGUUUUAAGAUAAAACUUUCCUUGUUUUUGGAUGUAGAUAUGAAUCAAAAGAAUUUUAUUAUAGAGAAUAUUUAGAAAAAGUGCAAUAAGAAAAAAAAAUUGAACUUUUCACAGCCUUCUCAAGGGAUCAAAAGGGUGAUAAAGUUUAUGUUUAACAUAUUUUGGUGUAAAAUUUUAAAAUUUUUGGGUAAAUUAUAAUAGAAAAUAUAAAUAAAGUUAAAAUUUUUGUAAGUGGAACUGCCAAAUUUAUGCCAAAAAAUGUCGAAGAAAGCUUUUGUGAACUUUUAAAUAAAUAUUUAAAUAAUGAUAAUGGAUAAAAUAUAAUUUCUUAAUUGA